AUGCUGCCCCUAUAUAUUCAGCUAAUUGAUCGUUACGGUCGCCUGGAAGAUAUUCGUGAAUCGCUUUGGAACUUAAGAGUUGAAGCAGUACCUUCUGAGAUGAUUGAGCGACUCAGUAUCGACUUCUGCUCCUUGGAUGUCAACGCUGGGACUGCUACUGCUGCUGACAUGGACACUCUUUACUUUCUUCCUCGCUGA